AUGGGGACAAUAACAUUCAGACAGAUCAGGGCAAGUGACACUCGGUUGAUGAAGUUUGGCACAACCCCCAGCGGGCGGCUCCAUGGCUGGGACUUCAUGCAAGAGUCGGCUAUCAAGAUAUCAUCAUUCACUCUAUUCGAGCCAACAGCCAGAUCAUUACGAGAUUUCCUUUACAUCAGUGGACUAGCUGCUCCUGUUGGCCGCUACAUAAUGCUAGCCGGACCCACUCAAAGCGUCAUUCUACUUUCCAGGUCUGGGCCUCGGAAAGAUACCGCCAACGCGGCACGGAUUGGUGAACAGGGGACUUGGACGCUGGUGAUUCUGUCCACAGACAUAGCGAAUCCGACAUUUGAUCGGGGCAGUCUCUUUGGAGGUUACUUCUUUCUCUGGGCUCUGCUGCGCUUCACCCAAGAUGCAAGGGAGCCGCCUUCAGUAGAGGACGUUUUCCCCUUCCUUACUCCAAUAGCCGGCAUGAUCAGCAAAGCAUCGAGUUUUCACAGUCAUUUGAGAAACAAAUAUCAACUGCCCAUAUACACACUACGACUUCCAGGAUCACGUCUUUAUGUCAUCAAUGACACAGCUCUCAUCCCUGUCUUGCAGCGUCAAGUCCGGACGCUGUCCAUUUCUCCAAUCAUGGUCAGGGUGUUUUCGCAUUUCAUGGGCAUCAGUGGCAAGGCUCUUGACAUCAUGGGCCAAGAUCCUGUUGAGAACCACGGGUUUGUGCAUCAAAUCACGGUAGAGACCAGCAAAGGUCUAACUCCCGGACCCAAUCUUGACGAGUUAAAUGCCAAAGCAGUGCAAAUCCUCAACAAGUCUCUGGAGGCAUUAUGUGUCAGAAAGGAGCCCACCACUGUUGACCUGUUCGCAUGGGCUUCACAGGAGAUUAUGUUGGCUACGACAAAUGCGGUCUACGGACCUCUCAACCCGUUCAAGAACCCCGCCGUCCGGGACGCUUAUUACAAAUUUGAGGCUGGCUUGAUUACACUCAUCACAGGCUUUAUGCCUUCAUUGUUAGCCAGGGAUAGCCUCCGAUCGCGUGAUGUCCUGACUGAGGCCUUUGUAAAGUACUACACUGAAGGCGGUCUCGAUGAGGGCUCAUCGGUCUACGCGCGCAACAGAUACGAGUACCCUUCCAAGCUUGGCAUACCAAUGAGAGAUGUCGCAAGAAUGGAAGCAGGGGGCUCAAUUGGACUUGUCAGUAACACGAUGCCGGCAACAUUUUGGACCCUCUACCACUUGCUUUCCGACCCAGUUGCACUGGACGACUGCCGUCGAGAGUUGUCUAAGGCUGCAAGUGAGAAGGACGGGGAGAUCCGUCUGGAUCUUGCAUAUAUCAAAAUUUCAUGUCCUAUUCUCGCUUCGACGAUGCAAGAAGCCUUUCGAUUCCAUAGCAUAGGCAUGUCUGCCCGCGCAGUCGUGGAAGACCACGUGCUUGGCGGAAAGUAUCUUCUCAAAAAGGGAAACACGGUCCUCAUCCCGAGCACUGUUCAACACAGCUCAUUACCUGCUUGGGGUGAUAAUGUGCAUGAAUUUUACUAUAAGCGAUUUGUGAAAGAGCCAACCAAGACCAAGAAACACAAUCCAGUGGCGUUCCGAGCAUUUGGUGGCGGAGCUACGCUCUGCCCUGGCCGCCAUUUCGCCUCCACGGAGAUCCUUGCCUUCGCCAGCGUUAUACUUCUACGCUUCGAUAUCAAGCCGGUGGGUAGCAGUGGCUGGGGAACUGCGGGAUACAAGGAGGCCAAUGCUGCGUUUCGUUUGCCUAAACAAGAUGUCAAGGUGGAGCUCAUUCCCCGGGAUGAUAAGAAAUGGGUCGUAUUUUUCUCGGAACCUGGGAAGGCGAUGGAGAUCUCGAGCGAGGACAUAACGGCAGCUGGGGGGCAGAGCCAAGUCGCUCAUCAAUAA